CUCUCACCCCUCUAGUGCCAGCUCUCACUUCCCCUCCUCUCACUAGGCACUCGGCACGCCUCGCUCCCUGGUGCCUGCACUGCCAGCUGCAACACUGAGGGCCGUCGCAGCUCAACAACAGCAACAUUGCACAAAGUUGCAGAAGUCGAGCGCCGCGGCAGUCGCUGAAGGGAAAAAGGGUCUCUUCGUCCCCCACUAUAAAUGUCACCGAUUUCGUCCUAAUUGAUCGCUGGUCGAGGGCUUUAGCCAAUCAAAUCCCACAGUGCGUGAUCUCUGAAGUUAAAGCUGCGCUCUGAUUGGUCGAGAGAUGUUAGGUGAGGCAGAAGAUGGCGGUUCCAGUAGGACGCCUACCUGUGGUUCCUGGAUUAGAAAACGAGAGAUCCAGAGGGGAUUAAUGCGGGGAGGUGGACAGGUGUGUGUCAGCUUGGCUGCCUCCACACCUGCUUCUUGCCCUCGGGCAAGCAUGUCAGUGCCUGUCAAGUGACAAGAUAUCAUUAUUAUCAGUGACUUGGUGUCAGAGAAGUGAUAAUUUAAAGAAAAAAAUAGUGUAUAUACUGAUGGAAAUUAUGCUAACAUCGCAAUUAUUAAUAAUAAAGUUCAAUUGCUUGUGAGUUGUGAGUGUGGCGGCGGCGACAAUGUGGAGGGGCGAGCGAGCGGGAAUAUUAUCGUGUUCCUGGCACAGUGGAGCGUGUGGUGGAGGAGGCGGGGAGGCGUGGUGCAUAGUGUGCAGGUGGUGAGCAUGCUGGAGAGACCAGGAGGCCGGCGGGGCGGCGCCCCCACCAGCCCCCUGCUGGCCUUACUCCACCUGCCCGCACAGGGUCUCCGCAGCCCUUGUAGCCGCUGUCGCCACCUGAGGAGGAAGCAGCGGCUGGUGGCCGCCGUCAGCGCCUCCACGGGGCUCUCCCUCGUGCUCCUGGUGGUCCUCCACACCUACUCCGCCCCGGGACCCUACCACCUCACCAGGAAGAGCUCGCGCCAAGACCUAGCGAGGGAGCUGCCGGAGAAGUCACACUACGUCAGAGACGUCAUAGUGGCCCGUGACGGCGCCCAGCACAUGGUCAGGAUGGCGGUGCUGAAGGCAGCCACUUACAGCAGUGACAGGCGCCCCAGGACACUGAGUGACGGGCGGCCCAAGACACUCAGUGACGGGCGGCCCAGGACACUGAGUGACGGGCGGCCCAGGACACUGAGUGACGGGCGGCCCAAGACACUCAGUGACGGGCGGCCCAGGACACUGAGUGACGGGCGGCCCAAGACACUCAGUGACGGGCGGCCCAGGACACUGAGUGACGGGCGGCCCAAGACACUCAGUGACGGGCGGCCGAGGACACUCAGUGACAGGCGGCCCAGGACACUCAGUGACAAUGUCAGGGACAAUCACGAAAAGCUGUCCCCAGUGUAUCAAAAUAUAUACGACAGAACUUACAGUGUUAAACACAAACCAAAAUCAUUUCCUCUCAAACAAACUGUGAGCGGGAAGCACCCGAGGGCGGAGCAUCGGGCGCCCCGGCGGCGCUCACGGGGUCACAACACCGUACAAGUCUACCAACGUCGUGGUAUCGAUUCCCCUGCAGGAGUUAACGCAGUCAAGACCUCUAAAAACACGACAAGGGGCGCCACGCUCCCUCCAGCGGGUCCCCGAGGGCUCGUCACCGCUCCUGAAGGCGGCGGUGAAGGGCAGCCACUGGGCCCAGGCCCCCACCCGCCCCUCCUGCUGCUGUAUGACUACUCCCGCCCCUCACACUUCCCCUGGCGGACCACUAAAGACGAGUGCGCCAACUACGCCACCAGGUUCCUGGUGGGAGGCCGGACGCCGCUCAUACCCCUGGCGUCCUUCCCCGGGGCCGGCAACACCUGGCUCCGGUACCUGGCAGAGACUCUCACUGGCGUCUUCACCGGCUCCGUCUAUCAUGAUGAGAUCCUGGCACUCAGAGGGUUCCUGGGAGAGCGAGACGGCUACCGCCAAGGAACAACGCUGCUCCAGAAGACCCACAGUUUCCCCAUGCUGCCAGAGGAGCUCCAGGGCGGGGUAUACAGUGGUACAGAGUUCCGGUUCCUGGUGGGUCGGGCGCCGCGGAAGGUGGUGGUGUUACUGCGGAGCCCCUGGGAGUCCCUGCUGGCCCUCAGGCACUAUCACGCCGCCGGCCACACAGGCUUCGGCAGCGCCGCCUUCUUCAGGGGCCCGACUUGGGCCAACUUCACGGUGGAACGCGGGCAGCUGUGGGCAGAUCUCAACGCGGCGUGGCUCAGCCUCCCACACACAUCUGUACACGUGGUUCACUACGAGCAUCUGCAGCAUCGCCUUGAGUAUGAGGCUGAGCGGUUGAUGAGAUUCCUGGGCCUUCCUGUCGACUAUGGCAGGAUUGACUGUCUUGUCAGGUACCCGGAAGGACGGUUUCGACGGCCCAAGUACCCGAAGCACCUGCAGGGGUACCGCUUUCCCGCCGGAGCCAUCAAGAUCGUUAACGCGGGCAUGGCUACCCUUAACAAGCUCCUGGUUCGUGGUGGUCACCCUCAGUUGCCCUCACAUCUCUACUCCUUCAGGCCUCUCACAGACCCUGCAGGAGACACGCCGGUGCCCCUGGUGGUGGUGCCUGCAGGAGGGUGACGUGCCAUGGAUCAGUUAAUCCACUGUACUCAUCAUGAGUCUCGCCUCAUUAUAAUAAAUAUCAAUGUAUAUACACAGUUUAUUUCACCAUAUCUCACCUCAUCAUUACAGGGGUACUUACAAUGUAAAGACGUGACCCCCUUCACUCUUAUCAUCUUCUAUGUCUCAUAUUAUAUUAACACAAAGAUUUUAUGUUAUUUUUAUUAUCAUUUGAAUAACUAUAUAAAAACUUUUCAGUUUUUUAAUAUGACUAUUAUUUUUCAUUUUUUUCGUAUACAAGAAUUCUUACAUUUCUUUACAGCCACUAGGCAGGUCAGGUCCUUAAUCUUAAUUUUCACACACACACAUUCCCAGGACGCAGCCCAUUAACCUCAGUCUCCCCUCCUCGCGCCUGCCAUUCUGAUCACAGUUGGUUCUUAUUAAACUUUUAGAACUCUGAAACACUGCUAAGUUGUUUAUAACAAGAAACCUAACUUUAUAACUUCACAACCGGGGGGUUGUGAAGUCUCCCCACGUCUUCUCUAAGUGCUUGAUGUCUCAGAAGUCAGAGAUCGUUCAGAGAAACAGGGAGCAAUGAGAAAAUACGAAGAACUAUAACAAAAGUCCACUACCGGGCUCGCCAUAGCCCGUGCUACUUGGAACUUUUUGUUCCAAUUGGCUCAACACUGGGUUUUCUCCCUCACAUUCCUACAUUAUUAGUUGACUUCUCCUACCACACUUCCACGCAACACACCAGGACUGUGAGUCAAGCAACACACCAGGACUGUGAGUCAAGCAACACACCAGGACGGUGAGUCAAGCAACACACCAGGACUGUGAGUCAAGCAACACACCAGGACUGUGAGUCACUCAACACACCAGGACGGUGAGUCAAGCAACACACCAGCAAUGUGAGUCACACAACACACCAACAAUAUGAGUCACACAACACACCAGCAAUAUGAGUCACACAACACACCAGCAAUGUGAGUCACUCAACACACCAACAAUAU